AUGGUGCCUCGGAACGAGGAGUACAUACGGCGCCCGCCUCCCAACCCACGCUUACUCUCCGUGCAAUCCUUCGUUUCCAAGUACUCCUUCCGCUCGCACUCAUCUUCCUUAGCCGACGAUGAACGAUCAACCAGCACCGAGUCCGCCAGUAUGAGUCCGCGAGACAGCUUUCAGACUGGCCUGCCAUCUGGUCGAUACCAUGGCGAGGAUACGCGCCCGACGAGCAGGAAGGAGUUGGCUGGGUGGUACUCUUAUGGUUUUGCGGCCGAGACCUAUGUGAUAUGUGCUAUCUCUUCAUUCAUACCGAUCCUAUUAGACAGUCUGGCAAGGGAAAAUGGCGUCCUGCUUUCCGAUCGCAAAACCCCUUGCAAACCGCACGGUGACGGGCAAUGCGUCGUCAAUAUCCUGGGAGUCGAGAUCAACACAGCGAGUUUCGCCAUGUACACAUUCAGUGUCUCUGUUCUCAUACAGGCCCUGCUUGUGGUUAGCAUCAGCUGUGCAGCCGACCACGGCAACUAUCGAAAGCGCCUGCUGUUGACAUUUGCCUGGAUCGGGAGCUUCUGUGUCGUAUGCUAUAUCUUCAUCUCUAAGGAGGUAUACAUCCUCGGCGCAGUACUGGCCAUCGUCUCGAACACCUCCUUUGGCGCCUCUUUUGUACUGCUAAACUCUUUCCUGCCGCUGCUGGUCCGCCACCAUCCUAGAGUACAGGAAGCAGCUUCGGCCAUUCCCGUGUCGCCGGGCUUCCAAGAUACCGUCGACGAUCCGCAAUCCCAUGAGACGUCGCCAAUUGUUGCAGAAGACCCGUUGAGCACUUCAACUUCAGCGUUGUUGCCACCCGACGAUACGAACUCCGAGUUUCACGAUUUGCAGCGCACACCAACACAUGAAGAACUUACGUCCAUACAGCUUCAACUAUCGACACAGAUAUCUGCCAAGGGCCUCGGUAUCGGCUAUGGCGCCGCCCUGUUCGUACAGUGCGUUUCUGUCAUGAUUUUGCUUGCGAUGGGAGACUCAAACUCAACCUGGGCGCAACGCGUUGUGCUGCUCUUCAUCGGAGCGUGGUGGGCCAUCUUCACGAUUCCUGCCGCUAUCUGGCUUAGACCAAGACCUGGCCCUCCCCUCGCAGACAACGGCAAGAGAGGUGUGAGAGCAUGGCUGGCUUACUUCGCAUACUCAUGGAAGAACCUAUUCAGGACGAUCAAGCUGGCCCGUCGGCUAGUUGAUAUCGUCUUGUUCCUGGCCAGCUGGUUUCUGAUUUCAGACGCAAUCGCUACGACGUCUGGAACGGCAAUAUUGUUCGCCAAGACACAUCUGGGCAUGGAGACAUGGAUGCUGGGGAUGAUCAACGUCAUAUCGACCACGACAGGCGUAAUAGGUGCCCUUAGCUGGGCGUUCAUUUCGAGGUACUUCAAGCUGAAGCCGCACCAGACGCUGCUAGGGUGCAUUGCACUGUUUGAGAUUAUACCAUUGUAUGGACUGCUAGGCUACCUGCCUUUUGUUCGUCGAUGGGGAGUCAUCGGUCUUCAGCAGAAAUGGGAGAUGUUUCCCCUGGCUGCCGUAUACGGGUUUGUCCUUGGAGGUCUGGGCUCUUAUUGCCGAUCAUUAUAUGGCGAACUCAUACCCCCAGGAUCCGAGGCUGCCUUCUAUGCACUGUAUGCCAUCACGGACAAGGGCUCCAGUGUCUUUGGGCCUGUCAUUGUCGGCGCCAUCAUCGAUGCAACUGGAGAAAUCCGGCCGGCGUUCUGGUUCCUAGCAGUAUUAGUCGCUCUGCCUGCCCCCCUCAUAUACUUCGUCGAUGUCCAACGUGGGAAGUUCGAGGGAGAGAAGCUGGCCGAGGUAAUCGAAGGAUUUAAGAGCGGCGAUGACGUCGGCAAUGGUGCAUCUCACUCGGGCGAGGAGAGCCAAGGAAUGCUGGCUGCAUACGACGGGGAUGAGGAGGAGCGACAAUCUUGA